AUGGGCACGUUCGCAGGAUUCUUCUACCGCCAACUCACCAUCAAGCCCAAGCCCCUGGCGGCCGACGUCCGCCUCGACGGCAAGACGGCCAUCGUGACGGGUGCCAAUGUCGGGCUGGGGCUGGAAGCAGCGAAAGAACUGGCGGCGCAUGGGCUGGCCCGCCUGAUCCUCGCGGUGCGCGCCGUUGCCAAGGGCGAGGCGGCCAGGGAGCAGAUCCUGGCCCAGACGCCGGGCGUCGACGUGCAGGUCUGGGAGGUCGACCACGAAUCGUUUGCGAGCCUCGACGCAUUCGGCAGGCGAGCGUCCGGGCUGGAUCGUCUCGACAUUGUCAUCCUCAACGCGGGGGUGAAGAAUGUGGAUUAUGUUGCGUCGAAGACGGGGCACGAGGCGCAUGUUCAGGUCAACCACCUAGGCACCGCCCUCCUCUCCGUGCACAUGCUCGCUCCCCUCGACCGCACCGCCAAAGCCCUCGGCACGCCUGGACGCCUCACCAUCGUGUCCUCGGAAAACCACUUCUGGGCCAAGUUCAAGGAGCGCCACGCCCCCCACAUGCUCGCCGAGCUGGACGCGUACCGGGAAUGCUUCAAGGGGCUCGACAAGAUGAACAUUGAGCGCUACAGCACCAGCAAGCUGCUCAACGUGCUCUGGACCCGCGAGCUGAGCGACCGCGCCGCCAAGCUCCAGCUCGACGUUGUCAUCAACACGGUCAAUCCGGGGUUCUGCGCCAGUUCGCUCCAUCGGACCGAUCCGCAGGCCACCACGGCCGUGAACCUGAUCGCGUGGACGUCUGCGCAGGGUGGGCAUUGCAUAGCGGACGCGGCGGCGCUUCAUGGCGAAGUGCGGGGGGCGUAUAUCAGUGAGCAGAAGGUGAAGAAUCCGUCAUCUUUCGUUCUGUCCCCGGCAGGAAAACAGACCCAGUUGAAGCUUUGGAAGGAGACGGUUGAUCUCCUUGCAAAGGAGGCUCCGGCUGUGGAUGCGCUCCAGCGUCUGAAUUCCGUGUAA